AUUAAUAGUAAUGCUUAAAAAGAACAAGCCGGAUAAUACUCUGCAGCUAUAAAUAUGUUAACUCCAACUUCAGUCAAUCACACAUCACUCGAUCACAGCUUUUUGAUCAGUCUUAAAGUCAAUUGCCUCAUUAGCUCUGUAACUAACUGACAACAAUCGAGAUGAAGUUCCUUUUCGUGGUUGCUCUUAUCGCCUUGGCCAUCCAGGUGGCCUAUUCUGCCUCCACCAACACAACAACGACUACAACUGAUGCCACUACUACAACAACUACAACUACGGCGGCAACAACAACCACAACUGCCUCUUCCACCCACAAGAAGCGUUGUUGGAAGGGCAACAACUGGUGCCACACUCGCAUCCCCAAGAAGAAGUGCAAGCACCCCAAAAGGUGCCACAAGACAGUCGUGAUUGUGACCCACAGGAAGGAUUAAAAACUUACUAUGUUAAUAUGAAAUAAAUUUAUAAACUAGAA